AUGGCGAAGCGUGGCAGAAGUGGAAAAGGAAGGGCAACUGUUUCUGACGAGGACGACGAAGACAAAUUCUUCGAGGAGGAGGCUGAUAAGGAGGACCGGGAAGAGGAUGAGUUCGACGAGCUCCGAUCCGGUGAUGGUGGCCACGACGACUCCGACGACAACACCGCGAGCGACAAGGAGGAUCAGGAGAACGAAGAAGAAGAUGAGGAUGGCGACGGUGAUGAGGUUCGGAAGUCGCUCGGUAUUGACGAGACACCCACUGGUGCGUCGGAAGACUAUGACGGCCCAGGGUACGUCGAAGUCAGGACACCACCGCCGUCAGGCCUCCGUUCGCCGGUUGUGCGUCGAACAACCGUACUUCCGGCGGUGCGUCCGGCACCGUACGGUGUCAAACCCGGCGGGGUCGUCCCGUUCCUCGAGAGCUUGUGCGCCGAGACGCAGUACCAGAACCUCCUGACCCGUGUAGCCAAGGCGCUCGAGACGAAGGUGGACAUUCCACCCAUUCCACCCGCUCCGUGGGCAACAUGGGCUAACGUCCACGGGUUUGUUGGCCAUGAUCUCUACAACGACGCACAAGAGAUGGUCCGACUGCUCGACUGGAUCGGCGAUGAAUCGGUCCGCGAGGAUCUUGACCGCGUCUCGGUGCAAAGGAUCUGCUUGGUGUUUGGACUCCUUGCCCGAGACUCGCGUCAAGCGAACGACUUCCGAGAGGAGUCCCCUCCGCCGGAAUUCGACAGCGGAGAUGAUUUCGGGCAGAGCGCCUUGACGCUAUUGCGUUGCGGCGCAAGUAAUCUCCUCAAAGGAUCCUUCCCUGAGCGCAUGAAUGUCCUCUGCGAUAUGAUGGAGCUGACGCUCGAAGCUGGGUGGAAGCCGAAACGGACCGGUCCAAUGCCACGCCCGGUGAAGAAGAAGGGAAAAGCUGCGGACAACGGUGCUGGACCAUCCUCCUCGACAUUGCCCGGCAAUGGAACAGCUGACGAAACCGAGGGAACCACUGGCAUGAAGGUCGCGGGGGCUGCGCCGAAGGAAACUGCAAAGCACCUUCAACAACCGCCGCGGCGGUCCACCCGUGCAGUCCAGAUCACUGCCGCCGGGCUCGCGGCGGGUGUCAAGAUUACGUCCACUCCGCCAACCGGAGCAGUUGGUGCAGCCGCACAGGCGCCCGAGGUCCGGGACGGCAGGUGA